AUAAAAUGAGGACGGUAAGAUAAGAGAAUAAUUUGCAAGACCGUCAGUCAAACACAGGGAGAAUCGGCUUCUAAUUCACGCGCCUCCUCAAAAACCCCUCUCCAAGUUUCAUCACAUUAUAAUUGCUUCAAAUUUCUUCUCAACACGAAACCUCAAAAUGGACAAGAAAAUUGGCAAAUUCUUCGAUUCCGUCGGCAGCCUUUUCACCGGUGGCGACGCGAUUCCUUGGUGCGAUUCCGAUAUCGUAGCUGGUUGUGAGCGUGAGGUUGCUGAUGCAGAAAAAGGUUCUUCUGAUAAGCAAAGGAGCGAGUGCAUCAUGCGCUUGUCUUGGGCUCUGGUUCACUCCAAAAGGCCAGAUGAUGUACAACGUGGAAUAUCUAUGCUUGAAGUUUCUCUAGCUGGCUCUAACACCCCGCUGCAAGAGAGGGAAAAGGCCUAUCUUCUAGCUGUUGGAUACUUUAGAAAUGGGGAGUACUCUAGGAGCAGGCAGCUUGUUGAACGUUGUUUGGAGAUUGCACCUGACUGGAGGCAGGCCUUGACCCUCAAGAAAGCAAUUGAGGAUAAAAUUACGAAAGAUGGAGUAAUCGGCAUUGGUAUUGCUGCAACUGCUGUUGGUCUCGUGGCUGGUGGUAUUGCAGCUGCAUUUUCUGCACGCAAGAAGUGAAAAACACAAUAAUGUACAUGAUAUCGAUGCUAUGUGAGUUUUGAUGAAGGCCCUUUACUUUCUGAAGAAAUCUCUUGUAAAUUUCGAAUUUUCUCUGUAUUACAAUGUGCUUUACUGAAGUAAUCGGCUGAGCCUGUGUGGGAUUUCAAUCGAUAUUGUUGAAGAUUACAUUUAGUAAACCAGCAUGUGAACACAGCCUAACUCUCACUUAAAUGGCUAGGAAUAUUUCUUCAUGCUA